GGGCGCAAUUGAGCCGCUUAUUGCCAAAGUCAGUCUCGUCUUGACAUUUGUUUCAAACUUUCCCCGAUCUGUCAGCAGACAUGUCGAAUAACAGCGCAGGCGGUAUGAUGAGCCUGCAGAAAAGCGUCAAGCAGCUGCGAUUCGAAGCAGGGAUCCGCAGAAUUAAGGUUUCUCAAGCUGCAGCAGAUCUGAAGACAUUCUGCUUGCAAAAUGCCCACAAGGACCCUCUCCUUAUGGGGGUGCCAUCCAGCGACAACCCCUUCCGACCCCCCAAAUCAUGUGCACUCUUCUGAGGUGUCGUGAAGAAUUUUGGAGAAACUGAACAUUCCACUUCCGCACAAACGUUUUUCACUACACUGCUCUCAGUUCCCCUUUACCCUGCAGCAGAGCUGGAUCAACACUAUUACACUAAAUUGUUUAAUUUGAAAGCUGCAUUGUGACUUGAAGUCGUUCAAUAAUGUGAUUUUAUGAAGAAAACCUCUGAAAGGUGAUUUAAAAGUGUUUAAUUUGUAUACUGUUAAUUAAGGACGUAUUCGUGCAAAACUUACACUAGUAGAUAGUUUCAGGAGGAAACUGAAGUGCUCAGUUGGUCAAACAGUCCAUUGGAGAAGUGAUAUGCAAAAAUAUUCACUACAUUACUUACUGUGUAGCCAAGUCAAUUUGAAUACCAGCCAUAUACAGACAAAAAAAAAAUAUUUCUUCUUGUAAUGUGUUUGGUUUAUGAUGAAACACUGAAUCUCUCUAUUUGUUUAUUGAUACGAUUAGACUUAUACAUGGGCAGUUGUUGCCAAGAAAGUCAUGUAUUUAAGAUCUAUUGUAUUAACCAUUGAAGGAGAGAGACGUCUUGAAUCUCAGGUUCUUUUUUUGAAAAAGAUCGAUGCUGUGUUCCUGAUAUAUAUUCACUUUUCUUAUUUUCUGAAUGAGGUACUGCUUUUUGUUCAAAUGUAUUUUCUCUAAUCUGCUGGGUAAUGGUUUCUGUAUCAUUUUGAAAUUUCAUAAAUGUUAAACAGUGUUUACACAAGUGCAGAAUUAUCUUCAUUUCUUUCUCUUUUUUACUGAUAUUUGCUCAUGAAAGGGUGCUGCCUGUUCUCUGCACCUAUGAAUUGAACACCAGUGACUAUGAACAUUUCAGCUGGCCUGUUUUUGCAUAUACCCUCUGCCCUCGCAUGAAUAUUUAUCUCAUUUCAAAUCUGUACUGUGCCUUUAUCAGUCAACCACUGGACAUUCAUGCAAAUAUCAUUUGUUUGUGGGGGUUUUACUGCUGCCCUGCAUUGUUAACUUUUUCAGUCUGUUUACCUCAUGUAUGUCUUGCCUUUUACGUUUGAUUGUGCCUAAAGGAGCAACGUCUGAUUUUGUGCAGUAAGACUAUAUAUUAAACUAUACCUUUCUUUACAAAACUUAAA